UGAUGCAAAGUCCAAAGUAGUUUAGUGGCAGUGUUCCUUUGUUCUGCCACAUAGUUUUCUUCUUGUUUGAAGUUUUCGUGCGUAACUGGCAGCAAUAAAAUGGAUGUAUACAGCCUGUGGUGUCAGAUUAUAUUCCGAGAUCACAAAACAGUUUUUACGUAAGUCCCGACAUGUGACUCGGCCAAACCUCCACGUUGGUUUCCUGCAGGUUGUUUGCCAAUGUCAAGAAAAGGAAAAACCCCAACUUCCUGCUCAUGAUUUAAAAAACGGCGUCUCGUCGACGCAUUCAGAUGUGACACGUUUGUGCGGAUUAAAGCCUCUGACACGCAGGACUGCAGACGGGACACAGGAAAAUUGUCUUUUUCUAAACAUAUGGAACAUGGGUGGGCUGGACCGAGGAAGAAGAGUGCUGAUGUUGCUCUCCUUCCCCUGUACACCCCUGGAGUAAAAUCCCCACCAUGACCUGUCUGAACCUCACAGACUCUCACAGACUCUCUUGCAUGGAUAUUCCCCUCAUGUCUCCUAGAUCAAAACAACUCCUGUCUUUGCUGUGACAAAAUGUAUCUUGGAGAAUCUGAUCCAUCCCCAGACCCCCAGCUCCUGGAGCAACAGCUGGACUUCUUCCACAAACUGGGGUACUCCACAGCCCAGGUUAAGGCUGUUCAAAAGAAAUUUGGCCCCAGAAUGGACACAGAUAAGGUUCUUGGGGAGCUGAUGAGGUUCAGCUCCAGUCAGGAGGCCAAGCAGAGGCCUGUGACAACGAUGUCUGUGCUGCUGUCCAGAGGGGACUCUCAGACUGUGGGCCCGACCCUGCUGCAGCCUGUUAUUGAAUCAUCCCCUCAGAGCAGAGGGGAGAGCCGCAAGGAUGUAAAUGCUCUGAGACCCAUUGUUAUAGAUGGCAGCAACGUGGCCAUGAGCCACGGGAACAAGGAAGUUUUCUCGUGUCUGGGAAUCCAGUUGGCUGUGAAUUUCUUCCUGGACAGAGGCCACACUGUUGUCACAGUAUUUGUUCCCUUAUGGAGGAAGGAGCAGCCCCGACCAGAUGUGCCCAUCACAGAUCAGCACAUUCUGCGAGACCUGGAGAGGAGGAAGAUUCUUGUGUUCACGCCGUCACGAUAUGUUGCAGGCAAACGAGUGGUCUGCAAUGAUGACUUCUUUAUUGUCAAACUGGCCUACGAGUCCGAUGGCAUCAUUGUGUCCAACGACAUGUACCGGGACCUUCAGGGAGAGAAGCCGGAGUGGAAGUGCUUCAUUCAGGAGAGGCUGCUCAUGUACUCCUUUGUUAAUAACAAGUUUAUGCUUCCUGAUGAUCCCCUGGGGCGCCAUGGACCGAACCUGGAGAACUUCCUUCAAAUGUUUCCAAAGACUCCGAAAAAACAGCCUUGCCCUUAUGGAAAGAAAUGUACUUAUGGAAUCAAAUGUAAAUUCCAUCAUGCAGACCGAGACAAGCUGUCCGGUCGCUCAGUUGCUGAUGAACUUCGGGAGAACAUCAAGUACCUGUCCAGUCCUGUGCCUGGAGAGAGCCUCUUACUGGUGGAGGAUAUGGCUAAGAAACUGAUCCUGGGACAUGAGAGUGGCUAUGUAAAGAAAGAUCAUAAAAAUGAACAUGUAGCUCAGGUGAAGGUGAGCCACCGCUCCAGCAAGGGAGGUGCAUCUAGAAAGGAGAAGAGCAGCCGACAGUCAUCUUCUGACAGCAGCUCAGUGCGGGAUGGUGGCUCGCCAGAGCAGUUUGACUCUGGCUUAGGCUCCAUAGACAGUCAGCCUAUGGAGGCUCCUUGGAGUUUGUGUGAUCAGCAUUACGGGGCAAAAUACUACACCUGCCAGCAUACCCACAGUGUAAGACAGCAAUACUGCGGUCCUAGAAGUGCCCCAUGCAGCUGCUGCUCACAUGGUCCUCCCUCACAAGGAACCACACCAGCUUUUCAGCACCACAUUCAGCAUCACAGCAUCAGGCCUGUUAGCAGCCAUGCCUCUGAUAUGAUCCCCUACAGCCUUCCUCAUUACCCCAGCUAUGUUGGAUACCCAGUCAUGCCUGCAUACAGCCAACCGACAGACUUCCAGCACAGCAGAGUCCACAGCAGCCACCAGAAGGUGUACUGGUCAGAUCCAUUCGGGGAUCAUCCUCCAGUGGGCCACAGUAUGCAGGGGGAGCGCUCACAGUGGGAGCCUCCUCAGGGGACACAACCAAGUCCCAGCAGGAAAGAGAGGGAGGUUGUCCGGAAGAAGCUCCUGGCUAUCUUCAGUGCCCAAUUGGUGGACACAGCCAUGGACAUGUUUCCUCAGAUGAUGGAUCCUCAGAUGCUUGUGGCCAAGAUCCUCAUGCUGCAGAGUCAGAACCCAUCGCUGAGAUGAGUCCAACCUGAAACAAUGUUUUUCAGUGGAAAGACUGAAAAAUGUGUCUUUUUGUAUUGUGGUAUCCACCUUAAAAUGUAUUUAAAGGUCGGGUUGGCGAUCCUGGAAAAAAUGGGAAGAGGAAGCUUGGUUUUCAAACAAGCCAACUGAAGAAAUCCCACACUUUCAUUCAGCCUUCUCUCCAAAGCCACUCAUCCAAAACACAACAUGCACUGCCUGACUACUACUUACAGGUUUCGGACAAAUAACAAAUGCCCCCCAAACAAAACAAAACCGAUAAUUGCCUGUCCAACAGAAAUAUGCUACCAUGGUGUCACUUUUCCUCCCCUUUUGUUCUCUCAGUUGUUGCCGUUGUUCAAAAGUCACACCAAUGUUAAUUCUGGUGUUACUUCUUGCAGCAUCCAACUUUUUUUUUUAGUUGUAACUUUCUCAAAUAUGGUGUUAUCUGCCCAGAUCUGUGGCCCUGAACUGUUGUGGAGGAGAUAGAUUUUUUUCUUUAUGUUGUCAGCGCAUUUAAUGUAUUCAUUGCCAUCGAGAUAAAAAGAGAAAUUCAAGAAAUGAAACAAAAAAAAAAUGCUUCUGGAAGGAAUCACCAACCCUACCUUUACUACUGUGGAUCUGUCUCUAAACCAGAUCAAAUAAGAGGCAGUAUGCAGUUGAUACAAAUUGUAUCUUAUUUAAAAAUGUAAAAAAGAAAAGUGGAAUUUAAUGCUGUUAAAUGGGAUUAAAAGACGUAACCUGCUACUCUCUCUGUCCACUAUAUUAGAUACAUGAUUAGGUACACUUGUACAAUCUGAUUCGGUCCAGUACAGCUGUUCUGCAGCUUAAAAUGUCCAGUCUUUGUUGACACUAUCAUUGAAGUAUACAAUAAUUUUUGGUUUAGCUGUUAGUGGUUGUGUUGUACUGGGCUGGAUUAAAUUCACUUGUGUUUCCAAAAUUUUGUUGCCCUUGUGUAUGUAAAUAGAAGGAAUAAAAUAAAAUAUACUGUGAUCAGUACAAAACCACCUUUAACUGUGAGUUUAAUAAUAAAAAUAUAAUUCAGUUUACAGAUUUUGGGCCAUGUCAACACAAACCAAACACUGAGAUUCAUAAAGGUAGCUGUUGCAACAGAGCUGUUGUAUUGAACUGUGACUAUACAUGUGUACCUAAUAAAAUGGCCACUGAGUGUAUAGUGUGGCAUGGAUGUGAUGUAAAAAUGUAUUUUUGUGUCAUAUUGGCACUGUUAUGUUCUCACAGCCAGUUAUUUAGGGUUGGGCAAUAAGUAACUCAUAUAAACCCUUUAGUUAAGUGAGGAAAUAAUAAUGUUGUUAUUGUGAUGCACAAUUAAUAAAUUAUCAAAUACAUGUAGUGAAUAAUAAUCUCACAGAUAUAAAAACUAGCUUCAUAGUGUUUUAAAUUCCCAGGGUUGUUACCUAAUGUGUUUUUGCAUUUGUUAUUGUAGCACUUUGUCCAUGUUGCCUGGCCUUACUAUUUAUAGAGUCCAGGGGGGUCGUUUAUCUGCCAUGUAAAUCAUGACAAAUUUGAUGUUGUAACAGUUAUUAAAUUAAAAUAAAUAUUUGUAAUUACAUGCUAUGGUGAGUUAAAACUAUCCAUCCUCCACUUUUGUACAAUACAGUUUGUGUGUGUGGGAGCUGUGUGGUCCUUGACUUGAGUCUGUCUGCACAAGUAAAUACUCUUCAUCUCAGCCACUCAGGUUUGUUGCACAUCUUUACAUCAGCCUUAUUUUAGAAAAGUGCACUUCAUACCAGAAGCUUGUUUUGUCUUUGUGCUCCAACAAUUAUUUUCAUUAUGAAUUACCAGUUGUUUUCCUGAUUAUUGGAUUCAUUGUUUGGUCUUUAAAAUCUCAGUUAAUAGAGGGAAAUCACGGUUUCCUAAAGCCCU